GAGACCUCCUCUUGACCGAUUUGAUUAACGCUUCAAGAAUCAACUUUUCUAAUCAGACAUACCCAAUCUUUCGAACCAUCAAACCUCAAGACUUGAACUGAUCUUAUCUGCGUCGUCUUCAACUUUUCGCAAAUUCAUCAUGUCUUGGAAGCAAGCAUUCACUAGUACACUGGGAAGCCUCGGACAGAAUGUUCAGCAUGGUGUUGCUAGCAUCAAUUUGUCCGAACAGACUGACAAGCUGAGUAAAAGCUUUGCAACUCUUAGCCAGACUGCCCGAGAGCGCUUGGGAACCUUGGAGCAAGACGAUGUGACAGAACUACCCGAAGAAUAUAAAGACUUGGAACGCCGAGUUGAUGCGCUCCGCAAUGCGCACGCCUCUUUACUCCGCAUCGUCAAAACAUACGAAAGUGAGGCGUACGACUAUCCUAUUCAAGUCAACGAGUCGCUCAAUGAGACAGCUACCACUAUAUCACAUACUCUGACCACUUGGGCUUCAGCUGCCACGAAGGGUACGAAUCUUCCCCCAAUCGAAGCUCCUGCCAAGACCCCAGUGCAGCACAAGACGCUAGCGCAUGCUCUGUCACGGGCAGCUACGUCUGGGGCACUCGAGUUGGGGACUACGUCCUCGGCGGCUUCGGAUAAGGAUUCCGAUUCAAACGUCAAUGCGAUGAUGGGCAAGGUCUUGAAAUCCUACGCCAUGGUCCAAGCUCAAGUCGGCGAUGCAAGGCUAGCACAAGACGCCGCCAUCAAAAAGAACUUUCUACAAGUUUGGCAACAGACUAUGGCUCAAGAUAUUCAAGCGGCAGUGAAGAGCAGACAAGUAGUUCGCACAGCUAGGUUGGCGUUGGAUGCGGCUCGAAUGACACUCAAAAGUCAUUCGACAGGUGGGCCCAAGUUAGAACAAGCAAAUUUGGAAGUUGAGCAUGCGGAAGAGAAAUUGGUUUCCGCAACUGAAGAAGCUAUAGGCUUGAUGAAGAGAGUGUUGGACGACCCUGAACCAAUCCAAGCCUUGAGUGAGUUGAUCAAAGCUCAGCAUGCUUAUCAUCUGGCUGCCAGCGAGCAAUUGCAAGGUUUGUUAGGUGAGGUUGAGGAUACAGCUGUGGCUGCACAGUCUGCUUUCAGAAAAUCAAGGUCUUGAAGAUAUAAGAUGGGCAUUAAAUAUAUAAAGUCAUCUGAAUUCAUACAUCAAAAAAUUUGGAUCAGGAUACUGAAAGAGUUCAGACUCUUGCAAAGGGUACCAGUCUAUUGUCAAUCUUGUCUCUUAUUUUCUUUCCUACUGCAGGGUUGGAGUGCUAUGGAUAUUUAAUUAUCUUUUGUAAAGAUUUCCUCUUUUUACUUGGUUGAUGCUACCUGGUCUCUGUUUUUAUUUCCAUGUAUAUUGAAAUUGAGUGAAUCAAAGAAUAGCUUACACUCCUGACC